AUGAAGAAAAUUGUGUAUGAUGAACUGAUGGAGUUAAACAAAGGCUAUAUUAAUACUUUUAAUGCAUUGUAUAAUCUCAAGACAUUCGAAGAAAACGAAAUUGACAAGAUUUAUCAAGAUAUAAAAUUAAAUCUUAUCGAAACAAAAAUAUUAUUUCCUGAUCAAAUUCUAGAGGCGAUUGGUGUUGCGUCAAAAUUCAAUAAUAAGUAUUUAAAAUCAUAUUGGGCAAUAUUUAAAAAGUUAUUUGAAGAAUAUAGACCAAAUAAAUUUAGAUCUGAGAAUUCUAUCAUUAACUACUUUGUUUACAAAGAAUAUGGACAUUUUAUUAAUAAAAGAGAUCUAGAUUUAUUCAAUGUUUUCGAAAAACAAAAUAUUUCAUUAGAUGUACAUGAAUCAAACACAAUUUUUAGAGCCAUCAUGGAUGAUAACAAAAUUUUAUUUAUUUCAUUCAUAGAAAGUGAAGGAUUUAAUGAUAAAAUGCAACUAAGCAGCAUGUUUUAUCCAGAUAAACUACUUUCUUUACUUGAAUUAUGCUGCUAUCAUGGUGCAGUUAAUUGCUUCAAAUUAUUGAGGACAAAAUUCAAAUCAACAAUCACCCAGCGAUGCCUUCACUAUUCGUUUUUGGGUGGAAAUCCAGAUAUAAUGAAUGAGUGCAUGAAAGAACAAAAUCCAGAUAAAAUAUGCAUGAGAUAUGCAAUUAUUUCUCACAACAUUGAUUUUGUUUCUUUUUUGAUGAAUGAACACAAUAUUGAAAUUGAUUUAGAUGAUUGUUUAACAUUCAAAAAUCUUCAUGCAUUAUUUGUUAAUUUUGACCAAAAAGAUGAUAUUAAUACUUUCUUUCUUUAUUCAUCGACAUUUAAUAUUCCAUCACUUUGCGAGUAUUUACUUUUACAAGGUGCUGAUGUAAAUACAAGAAAUGAUGAAGGAUUAACUGCUCUUCAUUUUGCAGCAAGAGAAAAUUGUCCAGAAACUACUCAAUUUUUAAUUUUACACAAUGCCGACAUAAAUGUCACAGCCAAACUCAUGCAGCUAACAGCUCUUGAUAUCGCCGUAAUGUAUAAUUAUGUCAGAGCAGUGGAAGUUCUCUUAUUAAAUGGAGCAAAUGCUAAUGCGAAAGCAUACGAUGGAUCAUCAAUGCUUCAUAUGGCAGCCGGUCAUGGUUCUAAAGAAACAGCUGAACUUCUUAUUUCACAUGGCGCUGAAAUAAACGCAAAAGAUAAUAAUGGGGCUACUCCACUGCAUAUUGCCGCACAAUAUAAUUUCAAAGAUAUGGCAGAAUUGCUUGUUUCCCAUGGUGCUGUUAUUAAUGCAAAAGAUUAUAAAAACAUGACUCCAUUUUAUAAUGCUAUAUAUGGUAAUUGUAUUGAAACUACUGAAUAUCUUAAAUCACUCGGAGCAAAGAUAUGA